GAAGACUUCCCCAGAGUAACACGCGAUUGGACCGAACCAAUGUACAAGGCAAUCAAAAAGCGAAGAGAAUAAUUGUCGAUUUAUAAUCAAAAGGCGUGGAUCUCGUGAAAAGGCAUGUAUAUAAGUCAAUUGAUGGGAAUGGCCUUUUUGAAAAUGAAGAGCCAGAAUCAAGUCACAAGUGAUAGGUUUCAUAAAGGCAUUGAAAGUCAAGUUGUUGAAUACAGCAACAAAAGUGGUCUAUAACUAACCAAUUGUCAAAAUGACGAAAUCACCAAUCGAGAUUGUCUUGGGAGUAGCCAACGUUGGCGACACGUCCAUCGAUCCAACGGCCAAGUUUGACUCUCCCGCAGAAGUCGAAGAAUUUCUCAAACCCUUUUAUGAAAGAGGUUAUCGUCAAAUCGACACCGCCAGAGGUUAUUCACCACACGCGCCGCUAUCCUGCGAGCCUCGACUCGGUGCAGCAAAUGUUGGCGAUAAAUUCAUCAUCAGCACUAAAGUUGUUUCUCGUCCAGAUGGCGCUCAUUCCAGAGACAAAAUUGCUCAGAGCAUUGAUGAUUCUCUAGAGGCGUUAAAGGUCUCCCAGGUUGACAUUAUGUACUUGCAUCAGCCUAACCGAACCGUUCCUUUUGAGGAGACGGCAGAGGCCAUGGAUAAGGCUUACCGAGAGGGCAAGUUCAAGCGGUUUGGACUGUCCAACUACACGGCCGCUGAGGUCGAGCAGUUUCUCAAGAUAUCCGAGGAACGAGGUUUUGUAAAGCCGACUGUUUAUCAGGGACAGUACAACCCGGUUGUUAGAACGGGAGAAAAGGAACUGUUUCCCUUGCUUCACAAGCACAACAUUGCAUUUUAUGCAUGGAGUCCUGCCGCUGCGGGUCUCUUCAACGGAAACCACAAGAACGUUCAAGCUGGAGGCCGCUACGACACCUCGCACUACCUGGGCAAAUUCUAUGCCUCAAAGUAUAUCAAGCCAAGCAUCGAGGCUGCCACCGACCGAGUGCGAGAAAUCGCUGCCAAGCACAACAUCUCUGGCCACGCAGCUGCACUGAGAUGGACUGCGCACCACAGUGCUCUUUCCGCCGAGUAUGGCGAUGGAAUCAUUAUUGGUGCUUCGAGCAUUGAGCAGUUGAAGCAGAAUUUGGAUAUUUUUGAGCAGGGACCUCUUCCUCAGGAAGUUGUCGAUGCGAUUGAUGCCGUUUUUGCAGAGAUUGGAGACGAUGCGGUUGCGUAUCAUAACUAAGAUGGCCUAUAUACUUUUAUGUAUGUGUAGCGAUGAUUGAGAAUACUAGGCUGGAUGAUUUAGAGAUGAGUUCCGUAGAGAGUCACAGACACGAUAAAUGUACAAAGUUGGC